UGCACAAUGAAGCUCUGGGCAGCGCGCACCUCUCCACAUACCUGAGAGAGCGUACGCGAUUUUAUGCAUGAAAAUCAUAGCUCGUUUCCAAACCCAACCAUGGGCAACGCGUCGAAACAAACCACGGCGAACAACGACACCGACCCGUUCGGCAGGAACGAAGACGUUGCCAAAAUGGAGAUCACGGUUUUAAGCGUCACCUUCCUCGUGGCGGUGAUCGGAAAUCUGUGCGUGCUGCUGGCCAUGCACAACACUAAGAAGAAAAGCUCACGCAUGCACCUGUUCAUCAAGCACCUGAGCCUCGCGGACCUGGUGGUGGCUUUCUUCCAGGUUCUUCCACAGCUCUGCUGGGAGAUCACCUUCAGGUUUUACGGACCUGACUUCCUUUGCCGGAUUGUCAAGCAUCUCCAGGUCCUAGGGAUGUUCGCGUCCACCUAUAUGAUGGUGAUGAUGACACUGGACCGCUACAUCGCCAUAUGCCACCCUCUGAAGACCCUCCAGCAGCCCACGAAGCGCGCCUAUAUCAUGAUCGGGUCCACUUGGCUCUGCAGCCUGUUGCUCAGC